AGCAAGCGCAGCUUCAAAAUCUUCGGGCCUGCGCCAAUGCAGCCUCACAGGUUGCAACUUCCCUUCCCUCUGGCGUUUUCCUUUGCGCGUCUAUCCUAGCUAGCAUUUGGCGCCAUCAUUUGUGUGUUCUAGCUCGUGCCUUGGUGUGGUGGAUACCAGCGGAAAGUCGACUAAGAGUCCUUGUUCGCUUAGGCGGUUGUUUGCUGCCUUAAAUUGGUUGCUAGCGUUGCGCCUGUUGCCUUGUUCAUGUUGCAUGGGCUUUGCCCGCAAGCUAGCAGCGGAGACCUUCUACUGUGUAGGCGUUAUGACAGUGGUGCAUGCUUGUAUUGGUGGCACCCUCAGGCGUGUUUAUUAAAGCUUUUUUAGCUACUGGUGGUUACUGCCUAAAAAAGGUUUGCAGCGUUGACAGUAGAUGCAUCAGGGCUGACGUCCGCUAUCUUAUUAGAAGGGUCCACACCAAGCUCCCAUGUACGUGGUGGUCCUUGCGUCAGAUCUCGUUUUAGGGUUUUCUCAGAGUUGGUGACGCCUUCACUGUCAAGCAGAACUUUGUACGAGCUCAGUAGUUAGGAAGCAUGCCGCCGGCGGCGCCUAUGGCUGCUGACAGCCACAACGGGUGCCCUCCGCGGUUGGACCUCUUAGACGAGAGCCUGAAGGUGCUGCAUGAGUUUGACGUCGGGGCGUUCGAGGGCCCCUGGAAGAUAGAUGCAUCGGCGGCGGCGCUGAGGGCCAUCAAUCCGAUUCGGGUUAUCACGGAUGCGAUUAAGGUCCAGCCGCAUGCGGGGAAGGAGCUCCUGUCUGUUGCCAUUGGCGACCCCUGCGUGUUUGGCAAUUUGCAAGCCCCCAAAAUCGCGUCCGAAGCCCUCAUACGAGCGGUCCAGAGCGGCGCUCACAACGGGUACACCAACUCUCUUGGCCUGCCCGAGUGUCGAGAGGCCGUCGCAGAGUAUCACAAUGCGCGCCUGCCGCGCUGCCAGCGGGUAGCGGUGGACGACGUCAUCGUGACGUCAGGGUGCUCGCAGGCGCUGCAGGUCGUUUAUGCGUGUCUGGCCAACCCCGGUGCCAACAUCCUGCUUCCCCGUCCUGGCUUCCCGCUCUACCUCUCCCUCGCUCAAUACUUCGACAUCGAAGUUCGGUUCUACGAUCUUCUGGCCGAGCGCGGUUGGGAGGCCGACCCGGAGCAGAUCCGCGCGCUGACCAACAAGCAUACGGUGGCGCUGCUGAUUUGCAACCCGGGUAAUCCGAGCGGCGCCGUUUACAGUCGACGGCACCUGCAAGAGCUGGCGGACUUGGCGGCCGGUUUGCGGAUACCCAUCAUCGCGGAUGAGGUUUACGGGGGCAUGGUGUUCGAAGGACGGGAGUUCGUACCGAUUGCCUCCGUUGCGCACCGGACGCCCGUCCUGACUGUGGGCGGCAUCUCGAAGCGGUGGCUGGUGCCCGGGUGGCGCCUCGGGUGGCUCAUCCUGAACGACCCGAUCGGGGUUCUGACGGACUCAUCCUUUCGGGAGGCAGCGGUCAAGAUGAUGCAGAUGCUGAUGGGGCCGGCAACGAUUACACAGGCCGCCGUCCCAACAAUCUUGCGAGAGACGCCAGCGGAGUUUUUCGACGGAACCCUGCGGCAGCUGCAAGCGGGGGCUGACUACUGUGUGGAGCGGAUAGCGCGGAUCCGAGGGCUCGAGUGCCCGGGGCGGCCGCACGGGUCCAUGUUUUUGAUGGCCCGGUUACGAGCGGGCGCCUUCCCGGCCUUCGAGUCCGACGUCGAGUUCGCGCGGGAGCUGCUCCAAGAGGAGGCCGUCGUGCUACUGCCGGGCACAGCGUUUGGUGCAGUCGGUUGGCUGCGCGUCGUCUUCGUGGCCCCCCUCUCCAUCCUAGAACGGGUCUGGGACCGGGUCGAGGCCUUCUGCGAUCGGCAUGCCGUCAGCGGCGAGACACUCCCCUGCAAAGAGUAGGACUCUAGAGGCAGACCGAUCGCUCGAAUUCUCAGUAGCGUAGGCCUACGAGCACAGAACAUGAUUCGUUGCCGUGCAAUGAAAGUUACUAGUGUGAGCUUGUAUAUUACUGCGGAGGUUGAAAGCUUAGGACUGUAGUUUUGGCCCCGCGGAUUCGAACGCAGGUUUUAGUCUCAGGUAUGGUAACAAAGGCGGCUGGAUAUCCGUUUACAGAUUUCGGUCCUUGCACUGAAGUCGGCAGGCUCAAGUGUUGCACCGAGCCGGUAGACUAGGAGGACGUUUGCAGUAAGGGAUUGUAGGCGUUCAAUGGAAGCAUGUAACACAACGGAGUUUUAGCUCCUUCCACUGAUCAUUUUUUUUGAAGUUGUUAUUCUGGACAGAGUGUCACUUGCUAUACUUUAUAACAACAAAUCUGUCACCCGCG